UGUAUCAAUAUUAUUGAUCAGCAACUGAGGUUACAUCAUCCACGAUUAGCUGAUCUAAUAUAAUCACUGGUAUCAAACCAAACAAUACUCUCCUCCCAUUGAGUCUCUAUAUGCGCCAUAAUAUGUGCCGCCUUGUUAGCCUCUGUGUGUAUGAACUGCCAUCUUCCAUCUCCCAUUCGAUCAAGAUUCCUCCUGAUAUUCCUGCACAGUGUUCCAACCUCACUGUGAGUCUCCUCCGCCCGCAUCCAGCAAACUCAUCAUCUGCAUACUGUCCGACUCAAGGAUCAUAUUUGAUAUGUGGUGCUGCCAAGCAAGCUGAACCCCAAAAUCUGCUGUCAUGACCUCAGCCCUCAGGGGUGUCCAAUUGCACCGAAUCUUCCUUAUUGUCGCCAGCACACACUUUCCUUCAGCUUUUAGUACAACUACACCCAAACCCGCUUCACCACCCGGUAAAACGCCAGCAUCCGUGGCGAUUGAAGUUGUCCCAGCUCGCGGUCGGCGCCGGACUUUUAUAGCCGGUGUUGGUACUGGCAAGUUUGUUUCUUGUGGUAAUAUGUCAUUUCCUUGGUGAUUUCUAUAGUUCUCUAGGAACUCUUUAGCUCCAUUACGCAUAAUGCGCCAUAAGAAGUGCUUCACCUUAGGGGGGAACUUUUAAAGACCACAUUCUCUUCCAUACUUCAGCCUCACCCGUUGCAUACAGACCAUGCAUAGUCCUAUAGUCUUCGAGCCAUCUUUUGUAUCCUUCCUUCACAAUGAACUCUCCAGAGUUGCUAAAGUGUCAUAUGAUUUCAUCCCUCUCCUGCUCAUUUCUAAAUGAAAAUUGUUGAAUAAACACCGCUACCUCCGUCGGGAAGUAACUAUCCACCACGUUCCGAUCCCAUCCACUAGUGACCGGGUCGAUUAACUCUCGAACACAAGAGUCCACUGGCAACUCGAGGGGAGCGAGGGUACAAACCAACCUUGCUCCAUUGGAAUCCACUUGUCACCCCAUAUCCUCACCUCAGAUCCAUUCCUGAUUCUCCACCGUGUGAAGAAAAUCUUGUGCACUCAUGAUUGACCGCCAAAUAUAACUCGGGUUAUAUCCACACGAUGCCUCCAAAACACUGUCCUUGUUUACUCGCUAGAAACAAGCCCUUUAAAACCUAGCUUCUAGAUUUUUUACUUCGCUUGAUAAUUUUUACUUUGACUUUUAUUAGUCUUAUUUUUUUGUAAGAACUUUUAUUAGUCUUUUGAUACAAAAGCUAUAAUAUUUGAGCUACAACAUAUACAAAAUUAGAAUUUUGCACUUUAAAUCUAGUUCUGAGUGCAUUAUUUGGUUGGGAUUCUCCAAAUUGAAGCAUUUAAUCAAUUUUUGCAUUGUAA